AUGUUCCAAUGUGCCACGAGCAAACCUGAGCCGUUCUUCAUUGCGCAGAAGUUUUGCAACCGGAGCUGGGAAAGAUUCCAAUUAUAUUCCUUCCACAUUCGUACCCUGUUGCUCACUCGUGACCUGGUCAAACAGGCUAGUCAAACCACCACGCUCGCUUGUUUUGGUGCCAUUAUGGACUAUGAGCAACGGAAUUUGACGAUCGCAUUUCCCAGCUUACGGCAGCUCGCAUUCGACGUCAAAGGCGACCGAAUGUUGAAGAUCCUCCCCGAUUUGUUGUCCGAGAAACUGCAGAUCCUCGAUAUUUCGUUUUUCUCCUACCAUGAUCGCAGCCAGCAAGUCAAGUUUUUCCCUUCGCUUGACCAACUGUUGGAAUUCCCUUCCAUUCUUGGAGCGAAGUGCCCCAAUAUCACGGAACUGGUGGUUCGAAAUAUGCCCGAUGAGUUUCCGAAGCAGGCGCGACUUUUGAAAGGGCUAAUGCUUGCUACGCCGAAGGUCAAGGCCUUGCACCUGCUCCCACCGUGGUCUUCGAGUGGUCUUUAUCCUGGUGUCUUUACGACCUCAUCAGCUGUCCAUGUAGGACUGGAAGCACUCUCCGUGGUCUUCUGCGACAACUCCUCAGAGGCGAUAGCACAACUGCGUGCCCAGCCAAGAGCUUCCUUCCCCUGUUUGCGCAGCCUAUGCAUCCGCUCCCUUGGGAGAACCGCCGUCGUCACUGCGCUCUCGGCCUGCGCAAUGUCACCCCUCCAAAAUCUUCGUGUGGAGAUUGGCGAGUAUUCCUAUAGUCAUCGUCCUUACAACCGGGGCUCGUUCGACAUGAAGAACGACGUGGAUGGGUCCUUCCAAAGUCGGUUAUUGGAGGUUACCACGGCUAUCUGCUCCCUUUCUAGCAUACACCUGGAUGAACUUUCUCUGGAAGUCCACCACCCACGCUUAGGUGCUACUGCCCGCAUUUCGAAAUUGUCCAACGUCGUCUCCUUCGGCGACAACAUGAAACCUCUUCUUCAACACUUCCACCAUAUCUCAAAAUUUUGCCUGACCCUACACUUCCGAGCUACCUUCGCAGAAGGGCUACUGUUGGAUAUCAGAGACGAAGACUUCAGUUUGGUUCCGAGGGCAUAG